GAGAUCACUUAGCGACGGAGAAUUUCCGGUCCGUCUGUUAUCAACAUCCGCCGCUUUCACGUGUUUUUAUCUUUAUGCAGCUAAAAUGCCGAAGACUCAGAAAUCGAAAACUUCAGAGAAAGUUGUUCAUCCGUACAGCAGAAAAGCUGCUUAUUUGGCCCGAGAUGAGCUCCGAGCCAUGAAGAAGAUCAGGCAGAAGAAUGAGAAAGCCAUACGUCUGAGCAGCACAGGAGAAAAACUUUUAUGGUUCCAGAGACAUUUGGAUCCAUCGAAGACAACGUUCACAAAAAAAGACGCCUGUGACAUUAUUGAAAGGUACCUCCAGAGGUUUGAUGUGGAACUUGAGCAGAUCAAGCUGAUGAAUGGGAUUAAAGGUCGGCAGGGCCGUCAACAUGGCGCCAGAGAGGCCGCCAUCAAGCAGACCAUAGAGCGAGAGCGAGCACAAUUCGAGAGCAAUGGCUUUGAAAUGCCAGACAUCAUCAACACAAAGCAUCUGAAAACAUUCCGAGAGUGGACUGGAGAUCUGAAGAAACUUCCAAAUAUUAAGCUGCGUAAGGUGUCCAACAAAGCUUUGGAUGGCAAGAAUGAAUGUGAGCUGAACAAAGAGGCCACAGAAGAAGAGACAAAAGAGAUGGAGCGCAGUGGCGAUGAAGGCAGUUUGGAUGAUGACCAGCGCGAUGAGGCGUUGUUGGCAUCUGACUCAGACUGAGACUUUUCAUGUUCCGCCCUUAUUCACUGUUCCAGCUCGUUAAGACUGCUGCGGUUACAGGGAAGAUGCAUGCUGCUGAUCCUUUACUGUCCAGCAGGUGGUGCCAAAACAUUCAGAAAGUAUGACUUGAGUAGUCAGUGUGGUUGUAGGUUCUACACAUUAUUUAUUGCACAGACUGAUACAGCAUAUGUAACAGUUUUAAAGAAAUACAUUUGUCUCGACAAAUAUUAGUCACCAAUUUAAAGGUGAUUUUUUAAAUAGAAAAAAAUAAUUAUUGAUUUGUGUGGUGAUGAUGAGACACGGGUUUAAAAUAAAAUCUUUAUAAAAAGGUCAAUUUUAAACAGUGCUGCU